CUGGGGGCGGGCUCUCUGCGGAAAAGUGGGCGUGACUUAGGAGGGAAAUCGCCAGAAACCUGGCGGAGGUCGCCGGCCGCGAAAACGCCCUCUGCACUGGGAGAGACCAGCCACGAUGCCUACCUCGGUGCCCCGCGGGGCCCCUUUUCUUCUCUUACCACCUCUACUGAUGCUGUCUGCUGUGCUGGCAGUGCCUGUGGACCGCGCAGCACCUCCUCAGGAGGACAGCCAGGCCACUGAGACCCCGGACACGGGCCUGUACUACCACCGGUACCUCCAGGAGGUCAUCAACGUGCUAGAGACAGAUGGGCACUUCCGGGAGAAGCUGCAGGCUGCCAACGCUGAGGACAUUAAGAGUGGAAAGCUGAGCCAAGAGCUGGACUUCGUCAGCCACAAUGUCCGAACCAAGCUGGAUGAGCUCAAGCGACAGGAGGUGUCGAGGCUGCGGAUGCUGCUCAAGGCCAAGAUGGAUGCAAAGCAGGAGCCCAACUUGCAGGUGGACCACAUGAACCUCCUCAAGCAGUUUGAACACCUGGACCCUCAGAACCAGCACACGUUUGAGGCUCGGGACCUAGAGCUGCUGAUCCAGACGGCCACCCGAGACCUCGCCCAGUAUGACGCUGCACACCAUGAAGAGUUCAAACGCUAUGAGAUGCUCAAAGAACAUGAGAGGAGACGCUACCUGGAGUCUCUGGGAGAAGAGCAGCGGAAGGAGGCCGAGAGGAAGCUCCAAGAGCAACAGCGCAGACACCGGGAACACCCCAAAGUCAAUGUUCCUGGCAGCCAAGCCCAGUUGAAGGAGGUGUGGGAGGAGUUGGAUGGAUUGGACCCCAACAGGUUCAACCCCAAGACCUUCUUCAUACUGCAUGACAUCAACAGUGAUGGUGUCUUAGAUGAGCAAGAACUGGAAGCUCUCUUUACCAAGGAGCUGGAGAAGGUGUAUGACCCGAAGAAUGAGGAGGAUGACAUGAGAGAGAUGGAGGAAGAACGGCUUCGCAUGCGGGAGCACGUGAUGAAGAAUGUGGACACCAACCAGGACCGGCUUGUGACCCUGGAGGAGUUCCUGGCAUCCACCCAGAGGAAGGAGUUUGGGGACACUGGGGAGGGGUGGAAGACAGUGGAAAUGUCCCCAGCCUACACAGAGGAGGAGCUGAAGCGUUUUGAAGAGGAGCUGGCUGCCCGGGAAGCUGAGCUGAAUGCCAGGGCCCAGCGCCUCAGCCAGGAGACAGAGGCCCUGGGGCGCUCCCAGGACCGCCUGGAGGCACAGAAGAGAGAGCUGCAGCAGGCUGUGCUGCAGAUGGAGCAGAGGAAGCAGCAACUGCAAGAACAGAGCGCUCCGCCUUCCAAACCCGACGGGCAGCUGCAGUUCCGUGCAGACACAGAUGACGCUCCUGUCCCAGCUCCAGCAGGUGACCAGAAAGAUGUGCCUGCUUCUGAGAAGAAGGUCCCAGAGCAGCCCCCUGAGCUGCCACAGCUGGAUUCCCAGCAUUUAUAACCCCUCGGAGACCCCAGCCCUCAGGUUCCCACAGACAGUGUGGAAGCCGGAUGAAGUGGCCUUGCAGCCUCCCUGGGGACCAACGCCCUCAUGGCCUCCUGGGAGCAGAACAGGGGCUACCCUGUUCCUCAGAUAGCUUCUGCCUGUCUGCCAGUCUCUGCUCUCAGCCUCUGGGUCCCCCUCCCUCCGUCCCUCCCUUCCUCCCUCCCCUGUCAGGGAUUAACUGCAGGAGCUGAAGUUGCCGGAGAGCUCGCUCACCUCACCUGGAGUGCACACUCCAGGCCUGCCCUCCUGCCUGCUUUGCUCUUCUCUGUUCCAGGCUCAGCCUCUCUGCUUCCUGUACCUAGUGUCACUGGGUCACAGGACCUUGGCUUAGUCUCUCUGACUCUUUGCCUUCUGUGGAGCCAAUGAUCUCAAUUCCUUUUGGUGGCUAGAGGCCACCAGGAUGUGGGGUGUCCUUCAAGUAGCUAUCAGCUCUGCCUGGGACUCCUGGCCUCCACCACCACCCCACCAGCCUACCCUAACUCCCAGGCUCAAUAUCUACCCCAUGGCCCCAGAAGGUACCCAGAUAUGGCUACACCCCUAGCUGAGGUCCAGCCCUGCUCAGGGCUCCUGAAAAUUGGUUCACCAACUUCCCUGGCUUCAGGCCACACUGCUGUGUCCUGCUCUGUGCCCCAGUUCCAUCCAAAUAUAGCCCGGCACAAAUAAACAUUAGCAUAUCUGUGUGAA